AUGUCAGUCCAGCAAAAGCGAGUAGCCGCUUUUAUUUUAAAAGAACACUACGGAGAAAUCGUAGAAAAGGUCGGGACCUAUCUUUUUGCAAAAGGUCCUCGUCCUUUGAGAGAUAUUAUUCAUGACACUAAGUUAUCUCGUGACCAAGUUCAAAAGUCUUUGUGUUGCCUUAUACAGCAUCAUUUUGUCACGUUUGAAGUCAACAAAAAGAACGUUACCUUGUAUAAUGCAUGGAUAUCAAAUACACUUCUUCGUGCUCGGGCUCCUCGGUUUAUCUAUUGUGCAAAGUCUUUGUUUGGAUACACAGGAGAGUUGAUUGUGGAUGAAGUUUUACAACAUGGAACAGUAGCCAUGAGCAAAGUUGUCUCCAAAGUUUUGAACCAUUUGGUGGAAGAUAACCUAGACGUAGAUGAAUAUGAAGUCAAUGCAACAUUUGCUGAUCUUGUAAAGAAACAUUUUCUGCAAAGAGUGCAAUCACCUCAUGAAGACAUCAUUGACACAAAUAGCUACUGUGAAACUGAUUUGUAUACCCUCCCCCCUGGAGUGAACUUUCAAGGUGAUGUAUAGAUGCAUAACCAUUGUAGCCUGUGUUGCAGGUAUAAUAAUUUAAGGUUAAUGUUAUGGUUGGGGGAUUUUUACGAAUGUGGAAUGGUGUCCAGUGAAACUGAAGUUUAGUGAUUUGGUUAAGAAAACUGAGGAUACAUGUCAAGUUUCAGUUAGGAUCAUUAUACAGGGAAAACUUAACUGGAACUAAACUCACUCAGUUUCCUAAUGCUAUUUCUAGUCUUCAGAGUCAUUUGACGUUUGGUACUGUUUGGUUUCCUACAAAGUAUCUAUGCUGAAUAUGCUGUAAAUCAGUGCAGAAAUUCUUGUUCUGGACUGUUAGCAAGGGAACAUCCGAAACAUCGUCAUUAGCAGCCUUGAGUCUCUACUAAGAUUCUCUGCAGUACUACUUUCCAAACCAUUCUAUCAGCUGUUACUACCGUAUUUAUUUGACUAUAAGCCGAGCAAUUUUUACACAAAUUAAAACUGAAGUGAAUUAAAAUUUGGGCUCUAGAGGGGGUCUCGGCUUAUAGCCGAAAGAUUGUUUGAUAGACGCUACGGAUGUCUAGGUACUGGUGAUGCUGCUUAACAACACAGUUAGUUUUAAAUUCAUUUUUUGGAUCACAUUAAUUCAUCUGAAUUAAGAUUCAUUGCUUUUCAAUUGAAUAGUUAGUUAGGGGUAAUAUUUAUUAAUUCGCGUAUGUUUUCUAAGAGGGAAGCUUUUUGCAUAAUAAAUCACCAUUGCAUCUCUUGUAUACGCGCAUGUGUGUUAUCGUCUAAGCCUCAUUUAUGACAAUCGAUGUGAUUUUUUUCCGAAAAUGUUAGGUUUUCCUGUAGUUAGCAAUUCAGUCUUGUAAUAAUGCAUGGGUCUCGGCUUAUAGCCGGGAGUUUUCGAUUUAUUUUUGGUUCUGGUUAUGCCGAGUCUACACGUUCAAAGUUUGGGGUCUGGGCUUAUAGUCGAAUAAAUACGGUAUGUGCAAAUCCUUAACCCCAGUUCUACUGACCCCUGAUAUGAAAAAGAGGCUUCAGUUCAGAAAAUAAAAUUAAUGGAUUGUUUGUAAAAAUGUUGCCAUAAGAACUAAAAAGUGUUGAAAGUACCAAAAUACUCUCUAUGAGUGUAGUACAGUCAAACCUCUAUUAAGAGGUCACCUUUCAAUUUCCCAAAUCUGCUUCCCAUAUUUACUGUAAAUUUCACCUCCAUUCAACAGUCACCUCUAUUAAGCAGAUGUGGUCACCAUUUGGGUUUCCCAAAUGGCUGAUUUCAUUGUAAUUUACCUCUGUUAGAUGGUUACCUUGUUACAUAGCAGUUAAUAAAAAAUAGCAUAUUUUUUAACAUGAAGAUAAGUGAAGCAUUUCCAGUUUCUUUCACAGUUCAUCAAACGCAACAUAGGUAACAUUGUAAUCUACGUAAAUUAAAUACACAUCUCUCUCUUCAUGUUGAAUGAGGUUUUAAAAUAAAUGCAGAUGAUGUGUUUGAUCGAAAAGACACUUAAUGACGAAUUACAUUACUGUACAAUUUAUUUUUAGGUAUGAACACCUCAGAACUUCCAAAUACUUUUAUCAUAUUUCCCGUUUCUAUUGUUGUGAACAAUAAUUAUUGUAUUGUGAUAAAUGUUGCCCUCUAUGUCAAUUUCUGCCACAUUAUGGGCUUAAUUUUGGAAAACCUCUAUUAAGCAGUCAACCUCUAUUAAACCAAUCAGGAGACAAAAUUGUCCUAAAAUAGGGUAACUUCAGAGAGCAAAAGAAUCCACACCCCUUCCCCCUCCCCCCUCCUCUCCAUUCAAAGUUGGGAUGUUCGUUGUUUUCUGUAGGUAGCUUGAACAGAGACACAACAUUGCGUGGAUGGGAUGGGGGAGGAAAAGCUUUAUGUUCUCCUUUUGAAGUCAGUAAAAUGUCAGACAACCCCUUUUAGGGUGAAGUGUCUCAACUAACUUUGUCGCUGAUUGAGCGGUCACCUGGCUAAUUGCUGAGGGUGACCGCUUUAUAGAGGUUUGACCGUAUAGAUAAAUGCUCUUUGUGCUGGAACAGGUACAAAUUUGAUGUAAAACAGACAUGGCAAGAUUACCCACAGGACACAUGAUCUUUAUAGUUAACUUAAAGCCCCAAAAUACAUUGUACAUAUACACUGUACAUGUACAAAUUCUCCAAACUGAUCUCUAUACAUUCUCUCAAAGAGUGAGUGGAGAGAAUUUGAUAAAAGAUCAAGGCAUUUUCUCUUUGGUGAUCAUUUUAUUAGUUCUCAUAACCUAAUCUCUAGACAAUGUAUAGAUAUCAUUAGGAGAAAAUUUAUGUUGGUCAAGGGUUAAUAGAUUUAAUAUACUUUUUAGGACCUGGGGCAAAACGAAAAAGGACUAUCGAAGAUGGCGGCCAACCAACUAAGAAGCAGAAAACAGAGGCAAGGUUGGUUAUCAACCACCCAUGUCAAGUAAAAUGUUCUCAUAUUUUGCUUGUAAAUAUCUGUUGAUGAGUCCAACACAUAUUUUUUUAUUUCUAGUCUGUCUUGCAGUAAAGGAGCUUCUGUAAGUAUUAACAAAGUUAAAAUUUUUUCAAAUCCUUUUAGUGUUCAAAGUGCUGUGGAGGACUGUAUAUAUAUUGUCUCAGAUAAUGUUUGUAUUAUAUUUCAGGAAAUUAAAGAUGAAGGGAUCUUGUGGAAAGUGAAUUUCCCCAGGUUUCAUCAGCACUUUAUUGACAUGGUAAGGAUUCACACGCAAUGUGUUUGUUAAUAAGUACCUUAAAGCACUAAAAAUCUUGCAGGAAGAGUGAAAGGUGUUAAUUUUUUAUUGAGUGUCUUAAAUGUAAUUAUUAUUAUUAUCGUUAUAUACCUAGAAUUUUAUCCAGGUGUGUGCACACUCUCAUUGGUUACUUCAACAUCACCUGACAUCACAAAAUAGAAAUGUUUCCGGCCUAAUAUUCCUAAUAUUGUCUGAAAGUGUUUAGUGUUCAGUUUUCCUUGAGGCCUGUCUUGUUGUAGUCCACUAGUCACCACAUGGCUAAGAGAGGUUUCUCUAGUGGCUAGGGACUCAGCAGGAGGUGCAGUUGGGCUUGCAAGUAGAGGAUCGGCAGAAGCCAGGGGCUGGACCAUUUGGUUGUUGGAGUUGCAUGUGAGGUCUGGUCCAAUGAGCUAGCUCCUACUGGUGGUCUUGGCAAAGGAGCCAUAAGAGGCUGAACAGAUUCUUGUGGGGUUGGCAUAGAGGAUGAUUCUGGCAAUGGGGUGAAGUGGGGUCAGGCUUUAGUGGUAACAUGUUGAUGUGUUGGUGACUGUUAUCAAUGGUGCAUCUGGGUGGCUGUGUGUGCGCUUGGGUUUAUUUCCUGAAGUCCUUGAUUAGUCUGCCAAAUGUGCACUUGGUGGAGGAUAGCUGGGUGUUUGGCUAAGUAGUGCUGGGAUACUGGAGGAUGGCAUGUAGUCAGUAUCUAGGCUGUUGUGGGUCAGUGUUUAGGUUGCCAUUGGGGUCUGUUGUUGAUGAUGAGCAGUUUAACAGUUUUCGCUUCUUCCCUUCUGUUUGAGUGUGGAAAUGCCCAAAUGAAAGUUGUUGAUGUCAAUGGCACUUUCAUUAGGGAUACAAAACAUCACAAAUGUGCAUCAAACAUGAUUCAGUCAAUCAGCCCUUAAAGCCCCCUUGUGCCCAUUCAAUGAUGUGUGAGUUUAAGUUGCAGCCCACAACAGUAAGGUAGUUCACCGGAAGAAAUCAGCCAAUAUGUACUUAAAGUAUGCACUAGUGUAGCACUAGGUUGUGACAGUGCCAUGUGUUUGCAGUGGGUAAAAUUUGCCACCAGGUCCAUGAUAGCUGGAGUGAUGCAUGGCCAGAAUACAGUAGUUUCCUUGAUGUAUUGAAUUGAGUGGGUUAUAUAGAUAUGUGUUCUGAGUGAAGUUGUUACACCUAUAUGGUCCUUGCAGAGGAUGAGACCAUUGGCAAUGCACAGAUGUUUCCAGAACUGAUAGCACCCCUGGAGGGAAGGAUGGAGAUCUUGGCAAAAUUGAAAUGGAGACCAGCUGGGCCAUCUCUUUGUCCCUGGUUGUUGUUUGUUGGACGCUGUCCCACAUGAUUGCCAUAGUACUUAGCGCUGAGGAAGCUGAUGAACCCAGGGGUUCAUCACUGGUGCUAAUUAAGGAUUGACGCUGCUUGGAAUUAGGCUAAGCUCAUGCAAUCCAUAAAUGAGUGGGCAGAGGGGUCAAGGGGAGCAGAGCAACCAAAGUAGCUGAGGCUGUUAUGUCAUCUGGUAGAAACAUCAUUUUGGGCCAGUAGGAUGGCAGGAGAAAGCACUGGCAGCCUCAUGUAGUACAACAGGAAAAUGUGCAUUGUGAAAUUGUUAGCAUACUGUCUUCUCUUUGUGGUUGGGCAGGCAGGCAUUGGAGAUUUCAUCAAGAAAUCGAUCAUCAAACACUUUCUGUAUUGGCUUGUGGUCCACAAUAAUAAUCAGGAUGCUACAAUUGUUGAGGGCAUCUACUACCUCUAGGAUCUUUCCCUGGACUGGUGCAUAGAUGAAUCAGCAGCAUGAGUGAAGUGGCUGCCAAAAAGUGUUAAUUUCCAGCUUGUGCAGUAGUAAAGGGUUCUGUGAAUGGAUAUUUAUAGUGUUUCUGAGCCAGGACCUGAUACCGUAUCCUUUGCAAGUUGAUGGCUAGGCAAGGUGGUUUUGAUGUAUCAAAGAUUCAGACACCCUCUUUAAUCUCACUGACGAUAAUCGAUAUAGAUUCUUCAAAAAGUCUAUUGAGCUCUUUACCCAACGAAACUGGUGUGCCUGGGUUGAGGUAGCCUGUGUUCUGUAGCACUGGAGGCAUCAUAGAAAACUGGAUGAUGAUUCAGAACCAAGUGGGUAGGUCUGUGAUGUUGCUAGUAGUACCUUCCCCAUGGAGUGAUGAAGGUGUCAAGGUGGUGAUCAUCCUACAACUGUUUGAUGACUUCACUCCAUUGCUACUGGCUCAAGGACAUCCAAUGCUACAUCUUCGUCAAGGCCAGCUUUCACAUCUACCUGCUUGUGAAGUGGAACUGGGACAUGGUGUAGUGGACAAUUAUUGUCACUGUGAGAACAACCAUAACACUUAUAGGUAUGCCCUUUGUCAGAGGAGGAGUUGGUGUUCACAUGAAUCAAGCACGUUGGACUUGUAGUAAUUCAGGAGGCAUUGUUUAAGGCACUGCAAGUUAUCCUUUAUUGCUGGGAAUGGUAGACGAGUUGGUCAAGGCAGUGGGAACUGGUGAUGUGGAGAGUUACAAGGCAAGCUCAAUGCACUCUUAGGUGGAUAUGAUACAGUGCAUGGGUUAGUUUUCCUGUUGCUUCAGAUACCUUGUCCGGUUUUGUUGCUGGUGUUAAGUACAGGGCUUCAUCCAUAGUUAGGAAGUGCAAAGAGAACCUGCCCAGGGCUGUGCAACUCUCCUGGCUCAGGGAUAGUUUGUCAGCAUCACCCAUAACAUAGACAAUCCACUUGAGAUUUUGUCUGCAUUUGGAGCUGUCAUAGAAUCACAAGAUGAUGGUGCCUAUCAUCUUGAUGUUAUUUUUGUUAGCAGCAUGAAUGUGCACUGGAAUCAGUUUGGCCUCACAUAGGCUUUUUUUAUUCUUGGGCUGUUGUUUUUCCAGCAUGAACAAAGAGUAAUAUUCUGGAGGAAUGCUUGUUCUUCUUCUGGCUUUCGAUGAACAAGGCUUCUUGUUGCUUAGAUUUUUGUCGGUUUUUUAGUCCGUUGUUUCUCAUUCUCUCUUCAUAAGCAGGGGGGCUUAACAUUUACACAAACCACUCUUGUGGAAAUCUUGUACAUAAAUAUAAAACUAGAAAAUUUGAUGUGGUUGGAGAACAACCUGCAAAAGAGUAUAUCCAAAUCAGCUUAACAGACUAAAAAGAGUAGGAAAAUUGCAACACCUCAAAUCACAGCCAUUAUUUUCUGAAGCUUCCCAAACCAAAUGGCACGAACCAUUUAAUAUUCUAACAGGAUUUUCUGGUUUUUCCAUGUAAAUGGUAAGUACCCUAGUAGUCCAUCUGUUCCAUGACUUCAGUUUAAUGGAUCAAAGCAACUUGUGUGAAAGAGAAUGACAAAAGUAUGGAACAAAGUGCCAGGAUUAUCACAGAGUUAGUAGAUCGUAUGUGGUAUCUAGCUGUGACUACUACUCAUCAUUAUAUUAUUAUGAGAGCUAGGCCUGAGAGCAUCAAACUUUAUUAAUUUUUUGAAUAGAAAAGCAGUGUUCAAUAUGUAGUUGUUGUAUCCACAAAUCUUUUAUCUUCUUUUUUAGGAUAUUGUUUCAGCUGUGACAAAUAAAGUUGACAAGGUAUUUCUGUGUGUAAAUAAAUUACAUUUAAAACUCUAUCGUGGUUCAUGUCUUUAUUAACACAUUCAUAUUUAGCAGUGAGGAAUAAUUGCCAACGAGCCAUCCGAGCGAAGACGCUUGGAUGGCGAGGCGGCAGCAGAAUAGAGCCGCGCAAGACUGGGUUGAGAGGCAGAAAAAUUCUCGAUCGAGCUGAAAAAUGUGUAACCUGGUGUAAUGUAGAUUCCCCUGAGACCAAGUGGUCAGUUGUCAACCAAUCAAAAGGCAGUACCUAUCGCAUGGGCUAAAGUUGAAUGUGGCACGCUUUUUAAAAUACAAAAUUUCACACCAUUCCCGCCGUCUCGACUUCCUGUGUUUAUUUACCUAAAUUUAUUUGUCAAACCUGGCCACUGUAGUCAAGAAACAUGAGCACUUGAUAUAUACUGUAUUAAUUUUAGGGGCCAUAAUGGUAAGUUUUAACAAAGAGAAGUUUGUAAAACAGCAAAAGUAUUCCAUAUGCAACACACAUUAUUCUCACCACUAAAAAGGAUCAGAUUACACGAGGAGAUAAGGAAAGCUUGACACGAAGAAUACGGUCGCUUCUGUUGGAAAACCUGGUGUAGGGGAAAAAAUCUAACCAGCCAACUUAAAAAAAUGAGAAUAAAAGCGAAUUCCAAGCCUAAAGCGAACGACAAAGGAAAAGAAAACAAAGCAUUUUUUUCGAAACCUGGCCGAGUUUAUAAAGCCAUGAAAUAAAAUACCGACGUGCCAUACAUUGCAUGUCCUGGGAAACAUUUCAAAUAGCGCAGGGAAUCAUUCUAAGUUUCAGUCGGGUAACAAAAAGCCUCGGGAAAUUUGAAAGGUAGUUUAAAUGAUUAAACUGUGCAAAUAUUUAUCUGCGAUGUGAAACCGAACCGACAGUAGAUUUGUAGCUGGACUUAAUAAUAUUGCCGAUCGCUUCCUCUGCAAAGCUGAUUUUAUUCUUUCAAAAAGGAUCCCUCAUGACACUUCACUCUUUUACACAGCAGGUUUGUAAAGCCACCAGACUGAAUCUGAGAACUGACUCUCCUCCGGAACCUCAUAAAGUAAUUACAUGCAUAACACCUUUUCAAGAAAAUAAUCCUUACAAGAGGAAGGGCCCAAGAAACGGUCAAAUGGGGAAAAAAAAAAGGAAUUUUAUUCCUAAGCAAAAUACGCAUGAUUCGCUCAUUGGCACUCUAUCAAUAGGUAUACCUAGUUAUAUUAUAAUGAACCUUUAGUUUGCAGGCGAGAUUGUCAAUGCAAUGUUAAAGAUAAGUGAGCUGGAAAGAGAUCCAUUGUCACCAACAUCACAGUCUGUAUCACUCCAUCAGGUAAUAACUUCUUUAGUUUAUAUUUAUUUGCUUUUAUGUACCGCUUUAUGACCCUUUAUACAUAGGGAUAGAAAGGGGAAAACUAGAGCAAAGUUUUUAGCCUAAAGUAAAGGUCCGUACACACUAGGCGACAAGUUGCAGCAACAAGUCGCGGCGACUGAGCACUUUGUGUGUACAGGUCUGGCGACUAGUUGCAGCAACAUGUUGCUGCAACAAAAUUCUGCUGCAGAGACAAAGAUUUUCACAGAAUUAUCCAGUACACAUGAGGAAAUUUGUCGCUGCAACGUGUCGUUGCGACAUGUUGAACAAUGUAUUUACAAGGCUUGACCAUAGUCAAAAUAUCUGAUGUGUCAACGGCUAGACCACUGUGCCUCCAUUGUAAAUGAAAUUGGCAGCUUGAUCUUGAAAAUCUGUUGUUAUUUUGCUUUCUGUUUAAUUUGUGUGUGAUUCUAUCUGCAUUUGGUGUACAGGCAUUACUUGUAGGAAAAAUAGAUGCAGGAAGGAGGUGAUAACCUUCUUUUCAGCCCCUAAGUUUCUUGCAGCACAAUGUAUAGUUGUAAUGUAGUUUGUUAGCCUGUUUCUGUGGCUAUAUAGCCUGUGCCAGGCUCUCAGAUAGUAUAGUGGGAACGUAUUAAAAUGAGCAAAGCGAAAAUAAGACGCGCACAACUUGGGCCUGGAACAGGCUUGUGGUUAUGAAACUGACAGGACUAUUAUCUUGUAACGGAAUGACAUUUCCACUCCUGGGUGGUAGGGUGCUUCCAUUCGCUAUGUGUUGAAGGAACAGGCAUGAGCUUUUUGGAUCAACUCAAGGCUAAUUCCAUGAGACACUUAGAUGUUACCAUCUUUCAUUCCAUGCUAGUUAAUUUUAUGUUGACAAUAUUUUAUUUUAUUGACAGAUUUCACAAAACUUGUCAAUCACCCCCAAAAUGGAGAAGACCGAGAUCACUCAGUAUCUUUCCUUGCUUACAGAUGAGAAGGUAUUUACUUGUAGUGUUCCAGCUUUUUCUUGAUUUUUUAGUGAACUACCUCCUAGGAACAAAACAAUUGAAGAUAAAGCAGUAAUUAGCAUUGAUUAAAUUCAACUACAGAAAUUUGAACCUCGCCUCAACACAUGAAUUAACACCUAGCUUCAAUAGUGGGGAAGGGAUGAAACUUUUUGUAUAGCACACUACUGCACACUUAAGGCUUAAAAGCACAUAAAAAGAAUCAGUAAUAGGGAGCUCAAGCAACGGCAAUGGCGGCGACGGCUACGAAGACGUCAUUUAAGGUGACUCGACCCAGUUUUUUUGGGGGGGUACCAUCCUACUUUGAAGUUGUCUGGUAUCCCCACCUUUACUUUUAUCGUAAGUCUAACACAUAGAAUGGAUAACCUAUAGAUCAAUCUACAAUAUAACAUAAAAUAUUUGGCGAUCGGAGUAAAUGUCACGUAGUUAUAAUGCCACGCCCCUUUAAGGUCUGAGUCGAAAAUCUGCUGUUGCAGGCAUUUUUUCGUGAAAAUCUCUCGGCUACACAUAGCGCGCAUUAGUGCCUUGCGCUGAACAGAGUUUCACCAAAAUCGCAAAGACCCAAUUCGAGAAAUUCAGCGGUUUCCAAAUUUAGGUCAUAAUUUAUGCGAAAAUGAUAAGCAAACUUUACACGGAUUAUAUCUAAUAAACUAUGAGAUUCAUCUCUUUAUUUUGGGCAUCGUUAUAACAGAUGGGUCCUUGCAAGUCAGCAAAACGCUUUAGGGCCUUGUAAAUGCGCGCGAUUUCGAGCAAAGCAAACAUAUAGAAAUUAUAGUUUUCGCUAUUUGUUGACGUUUGUCAGCGUUUAAGAGUCCUUCUCACGAAAAAAGCAUUUUCUUAAAAAUUCGUAGUUUUUUUUCCUUCAAAUUUUUUCAGGGCCACAAUUGAUUAACUAACUACCCGGACUCUGAAUUUCAUGGUCAUUGAAAAACUGUGACAUUAUCUUCUAUAAGCCCAAACUUGAGUAAACAUUGAAGAUUUUUAGCGUUUUGGCUGAGUUUGUGCUUUGGGAGUUGUCUAUUGUUUCUAGUCUGUCAUUAUACAGCAUUCUUGUUCAGCACGCGUGCAAUGACCACGCUUGGCUGACUUCCGAAUGCUCACCGAGAUAUUCCCGUCACGAGUUGGUUUAAUUAUUGGCUUGCAUUAAACCUAUGAAAAAAUGAUAUUUUUUUAAUAGUAAGUAGAUUUAGUGUGUAGCACUUCUUGAUUUUUUUGCAAAGGCACAAGAAGCACGAGAAUUGAUUAAAAAUUGUGACUUAAACCUCUAUGUAUCACGCGAUGGCCUGUCUCACUGUACCAAAAUUAUUAUAUCUCGGUGAGCAUUCGGAAGUCAGCCAAGCGCGGUCAUUGCACGCGUGCUGAACAAGAAUGCUGUAUAAUGACAGACUAGAAACAAUAGACAACUCCCAAAGCACAAACUCAGCCAAAACGCUAAAAAUCUUCAAUGUUUACUCAAGUUUGGGCUUAUAGAAGAUAAUGUCACAGUUUUUCAAUGACCAUGAAAUUCAGAGUCCGGGUAGUUAGUUAAUCAAUUGUGGCCCUGAAAAAAUUUGAAGGAAAAAAAACUACGAAUUUUUAAGAAAAUGCUUUUUUCGUGAGAAGGACUCUUAAACGCUGACAAACGUCAACAAAUAGCGAAAACUAUAAUUUCUAUAUGUUUGCUUUGCUCGAAAUCGCGCGCAUUUACAAGGCCCUAAAGCGUUUUGCUGACUUGCAAGGACCCAUCUGUUAUAACGAUGCCCAAAAUAAAGAGAUGAAUCUCAUAGUUUAUUAGAUAUAAUCCGUGUAAAGUUUGCUUAUCAUUUUCGCAUAAAUUAUGACCUAAAUUUGGAAACCGCUGAAUUUCUUGAAUUGGGUCUUUGCGAUUUUGGUGAAACUCUGUUCAGCGCAAGGCACUAAUGCGCGCUAUGUGUAGCCGAGAGAUUUUCACGAAAAAAUGCCUGCAACAGCAGAUUUUCGACUCAGACCUUAAAGGGGCGUGGCAUUAUAACCACGUGACAUUUACUCCGAUCGCCAAAUAUUUUAUGUUAUAUUGUAGAUUGAUCUAUAGGUUAUCCAUUCUAUGUGUUAGACUUACGAUAAAAGUAAAGGUGGGGAUACCAGAGAGCUUCAAAGUAGGAUGGUACCCCCCAAAAAAAACUGGGUCGAGUCACCUUAAGAAGUGAAGUCGCGCUUAUCCAUCUCGUUCAAUUCGUCAAAUGUUGGCAAUUUUUUCUGGAGCUGACUGUUUUAGUCGCGUCAUUGGAUAAUAAGGUCCCUAAUGUUAGAGAAGGCAGACAAAUGGUAUGAGGAUUGCAAGGAAAAAGCGUACUGUGUUAUUAUUAGGUAUCAUAUCAAAUCUACACUGAAAUGUCUUACUCAGUUAUGCAAUCAUUUGAUAUUUGAAGUGCCAUAAAUCUUGCAGUUAAAUGUUAUUAUUAUUUCCUUUUUACCAGGAUAAUUUAGUUUCAAAAACCGGAGAGAGUGGAGGAGGAAUGUACUGCAUCAGUAUCCUUUUGUUAUAAGCAGUCGCACAUCGAGGGCUAGUCGCAUACUCAGGGAGUGGGGGUACUCCUGGGAAUUCUUGGAGGGGGUGUGCCACCCGGUUCUCCAAAUCCUGACCCUAUUUCAGACCAAAAAACGUCAUAUUACAAUUUCAUACACCCAUUUUAAGACCUGGCCUUUAAAAUGCAUACACGUUUUAAAUCUAUUUAAGGUCUGGUUUAAAGAUCAAGAGUUUGACUGAGUGGAAUGUUAGACAAUUUUGCUUUGCCAAAAAGGCUUCCUGCUCACUGAUAACCUGGAACAGAUUAUUUUUCUAUAAACAUUGUUGGUUCGUAGUAAAGAACAGCAGGAAGAAAGCCUGCAAUUGCAAGAACUAUGCUAACAGACCUGAGGUAAUUUGUUCACACAAGGCAGUCAUAGUACUGAUUUUUGGCACUUGAAUUCAGUUGUAGUAUUACUAUCUGCAAUUAUGUCCAUAAAAGCAAGAAAACUUGGAACGUAGGUACUUCAUAUUAGACACAAUCAUUUCUAAUUUCCAUGUGACCUCAUGUAAAAAGAAGUGAUUCCUUUCGUUUAGGUAAGGGUUAGGGCUAGAGGACACUUUGUGUUGUCUGUCAUAAGGAGAAUGAAUCUCAUUAACUUGCAAUCCUGGACGAGUCUUGGAAAUAUCGAGUAUUAUAUAUUUUUCCUUAACGAGUGCUAAAGAUAUGCAGAAGUGUGUUGAUACACUUUGUCAAAAUGUGGUGGAAUCCAUUGUUCAGGAAAGGUGCGAGAAAUGGUUUUUAUCAUUACAUUUUCUUUCUUGUAGUGUCAUUGAAAAGGGAAGAGAAACAUAAUUUUAGUUUUUGAGUAAUUACCCUGACAUUGGUCAUUAUCCCAAGUAGAUCCGGGUUAAUCAAAUGCAGAGACUUUGAAAAUGUCCUUUGUGUUGAUUAUAGAUUUGGAUCCAGAUGUUUUAGGAUCUUCAGACUGCUGUUACUUAAGAAGCACAUGGAACAGAAACAAGUAAGUUCUAAAAAUAGUGAAUUUGGAAAAGAUUUGAUUCAGAACAGCGGAAGGCCUACACUAAUGAUACAUAAUUAUAUCUUUAAAGCUCAUGAGACUAAAUCAGUCAAGAAGAUUUUUAUUUCUCAGCUGUAAAAUUUACAAAUGUCAGAGCAGACCAAUGUAAGUAAAUCUUCAUUUCCUAAACUUUCUCGGGAAGAUGCCUAAAGAAUAUCAAUCUCCUACCACUAGAUAAAUAUUUUCUUGUGACCAGUAAAAAGGUUGAACACAUUCUUAUUAAAAGUUUUCUUAUUUCUAAUCUGUUUUCAACUCCAGUUAGGUGAGCUAGCAAUGAUUCCAUCUAAAGAUGCCAAAGAGCUGUUGUACAAGUUAUUUGCCGAGAGAUUCAUUUCGCUGCAGGUACCAUUUGAAAUUUUACCAGCGUUUAUGCCUUUUUUAAGUUUUGUUUUGAUUCAGUAUUGUUAACAAACAACUCCCAGUUGCAAGGGUGCUGUUGGGGGCUGUUCAGUGAAGUUUGACUGCUUGGGGUAUCUUUUGUAUUGUGCUUGUUGAGGCAACUGAGUCCAUAAAUAGUAUCUCGAACAAUAUUGGAUCGCGCAUGUUCACCACAUUGAAGUAUACGUGGGGAUUUUUCAUCUUCGUCGCAAAUUAAUUGCUCUGCCAGCGUAUUUCUUGCAUAGAGGACCUUGAGAUUGGGCAACGAAAACAAUAAAAAGAUUGGGUUAGAGUGCGACCUUCAAGCUAAAUAUGUGUGCCUCGAAAAUCACUGUCUGUGCUCUUUUGGGGAAAGAUUGAGAGUUCGCAAAACAUAACUGGCUAGAAAUUCUAUGGUUGUGCAUAGAUUCAAUUUCUGACUCUUAGUCUAAAAGAAAAGGUCGCUGUUUAUUAAUCUCCUUGAUUAGCUAAGCACCCACGCCGAGCUAGUAAAGUUAUCGUCAUUACAUUUAUAUAGGUCGCUUUUGCUGCAGGUUGUGAGCAACUUGCCUGCCCCAGCGCGCCCUCAGAGCUCCCCUACCAAAGAGAGCUUGCUCGCAGGCUACUGUUGUUGGGACUUGUCAGAACUGUGUGAACAGGAGCAUUAACUACAUCUAACAACUGCCAACCACAUUGUACCAUUUAAUUUUACACUUGCUUUUUGCCAACAGGAAAUUCCACGAGCCUCUGAUUAUGCUCCAUCCAGAACAUUUUAUUUGUUUUCUGUGGAUCUUCAACAGCUGAGCAGAAUGCUGAUUGAAAAGUCAUAUCAGGUAACAAGGAAGGGUUAGCCGGCAAUAAUGAACAAAAGAACCAUGCCAAUUAAUGUCAAAGAUGAGGUAAUGGCACCAAGACCCUGUUGUACCAAGGAUCUUGUUGUUCAUGGAGAUUGUUCAGUUGGACAUGUCUCUCAGUGAAUAUUCUCCUUUGUAGGCGGCAGCUGAUAAAGCUUAUCGCUUUCAACAUCCCUUGUUGCAUUCUUGUUACACUUACACCUCAGAAUCACAUACUAAGGCUUAGAAUAGUCAUCAGAUUCUAUCUGGAAAAUUUUCGUUGUGCUGUGCAAUUCUCGUCUUUGUAAAGUGUUUUUAGUCUUUUUAUUCUUCUGAUAAUAAAAGAUUUUGUAAAAAAUUUAGGCGCAAGAAGUAGCGCGAUAAAAACAUGACAUUUCGGCGACGACAUGUAACCAUUAUCAAACGCAAAUUAACAGAAAUGAUAAACGAUUUAUAAUAGAUAGAUUUAGCCAGGGCUAAAAGAAAAGCUCUCGAUAAUAAUUAUAGUUUGCUCAAACAAAAUAUAAAAUCGUGUAAUGAUAAAGGUGAUGUUACAUGGUACGAUUCGCUACGACAAUUUUUAGCGCAACACAGCAUUGCAAUGUUGGAACAAUGUUGUAACUAUUCCAAACAAUUUUGUAACAAUGUUGCAACGCUGUGUUGCGCUAAAAAUCGUUGUUGCAAAUCGUCUCGUGUAACAUCACUUUAAGCGGCGAAGGCAACGAGAACGGUGAAAAAACAGCAAUAGGUCUAAUUAGCCAAAAACAACUUUGCACGUGCAGCACACUUCUUUUCUACAUUUCUUUGCCGUUAUUUUGCACGACUACAACGUGAACCUUCCAGAAACUUCCUAGUUACACGUUUUAUGGAGGAAAUGUCGUACGUGCUCUUGUUCACUUAUUUUUCAACUGCCACUCAUUUUCACCUUGGUGGUCGCUAGCAUUUCUCAUUUUCUCACCACCGCUAUAAAAUUUUCAUGUUGUUCUUCCAACAAAAAAUGCCUCCUUUGUUUUUUAUCUCUCGCUCUAGCUCUCUGCCGCUAUUUUUCUCAUUGAGCUUCGUUGGCCUGUCGCCUACUUUCUCUUUUUCUGUCUUUAUCUUUCUCUAUUUUCAAUUUCCGCUGUCUGUUUUCGUCUUUACUGACCCACUAGUUGUCUCUGCUUUACAAGACGCGGGUGGCUAUGCGAUUUCCUACCAAAAUAACCUUGAGUUGUAUUUAGGUUGGCAUACCUGUUUAUUGAUUUAUUUUACAUUGGCAUGCCUGUGGUGUGGACGGACGAGCGGACGUACGGUCACGUGAUUACCAAAAUUCUCGGACGGGUAGAUAACUACUACUACGCUCGCGAAUGGUCACUCAGUGUAACAAAUCUGAAAAUAGCUGAUUCUUUCUUUUAAAAACAAUGGGAAUUAUUGUGGCAAUUAAAUCUCAACAUUACUUGUCAAUAUUUUGUCCCACUGCAAAACUUCAUAUACCAGGUAUUUUUCUCAAAACUGGAUUAAACAAAUAAUAUUUUUCAAACUUUGCUACAUAUAUCAUAAUACUACUGACACAUUUCAGAAGUCAAUGAAUUACUUGAACGACAUAAAAUAAUGCUACAUAACGGAUGAUGUUUAAUACGUGACGGCUUAAGGUCAGAACUUUAAUGGGUUUUCAUCGAAGGAAUGCCACUUGCCUUGCCAUUUAAUGUUGACAUUCUUUCUAGAAAAGGGGGCAUUUCAGAAGUCACCUUCCUGAUGAUAUCACCAUCAAAGCUUUAAAUGGGUCACUUACUACUUAUAAGUUAUUUGGUGUGACCUAUGGCAAUGGCAAUCAUUUUAAAUCGGCAAUGUGCCUGCCUUCUCACCGGGUACCACAGCCCAGGUGGUAAAGGUAUGAUGGCCUGUGGGAACAUCAUCAAAGAAGAUCAGGACUUCGGUACUGUGGAAUCGCAAAAAAGCCCGCUACUCCCUUUGGCUAUUUCCUAUUGGUUGCCCUUUAUUUGCGUCAGUAGCUGAUAAAAAUUGAAAAAGGCGAGUGGAGCGUAUAUCGACAAUAUAAAGUGGCUAUAGCACUACUGAUUGGGUUCUUCAAAAAACAGUUUAUCGAGGCAAUGGUAAUAUUUAGCACAAAGAAAAAGAACACCGAACAAAAAUAUGGAAAAAAAUUGCUUUCAAGAAGAUGACGAUGGAAAAAAAUGUUUGCGGAGAUAUAUAUGUUNCACCGGGUACCACAGCCCAGGUGGUAAAGGUAUGAUGGCCUGUGGGAACAUCAUCAAAGAAGAUCAGGACUUCGGUACUGUGGAAUCGCAAAAAAGCCCGCUACUCCCUUUGGCUAUUUCCUAUUGGUUGCCCUUUAUUUGCGUCAGUAGCUGAUAAAAAUUGAAAAAGGCGAGUGGAGCGUAUAUCGACAAUAUAAAGUGGCUAUAGCACUACUGAUUGGGUUCUUCAAAAAACAGUUUAUCGAGGCAAUGGUAAUAUUUAGCACAAAGAAAAAGAACACCGAACAAAAAUAUGGAAAAAAAUUGCUUUCAAGAAGAUGACGAUGGAAAAAAAUGUUUGCGGAGAUAUAUAUGUUCUAAAAAAAAUGUCCCCCCCCUCCUCCAGAAAAAAUAAUGGUCUCUCCCUAAGCGUACUCAGCUACAGCGUUACUACUUUUGCACAGUUACGAGUAAUCGUGCCUGUUGAUUAAAUUAAUGCUUCUUGAUUAGCUAAGUGAUUGCGUGGAGGCUAGGCUUAUGCUAAGAUUGAGCCUUCUUUCUGUUCGCAGGCGUUUGGAAAUCUGAUGAGUAGGCGCCAAACUGAAGUUCAAGAACACAGGUAUCAUGUUUGAUUUAUUUGAAAAGAAAAACUAUUUACGGUAGUAGAAAUUCAAUUGAUUCAACAGUUAACCAUUUCUUCGAUAUGUCCUUUUAAAGAUGUGAGCAUUACGAAAUAAAGAAGGAUUGAUUGAUUAUCAGGGUUUUUUUUUGUGUGAUUCAAGGCGUUUGGUGGAAAAAGAGGAAAGACUAGAAGCCACAAUAAAUUCUCUGAAGGCCCAACAUGGUGAAGAGACAUCAGCCGAGGCGAUAGCUGAACUACAGGAACUCAUUCUACCUGCUGAAAGGGAACAACUUAAAAAACUUAAACUUAACCUCGCCAAGUAAGUAUGCAAGGGGCAGCCGGUAUGAGGGAAACUCUUGUCGAUAAGCAAGUACCUUUUUUCUUCUUUGUACAAAAGGCUCUUUAAUAUAACGUGGAAUGAAUUCUUGGAACGAAAGCCACACGAUGAUUUAAAAAAAGUUUUUUUUUUGGCCAGUUUCACUCUUUUCCCUCACCAAUUAUGAAAACCGGAAUAUUUUUGUAAUCUUACGUUACUUCAAAUACAUUUUUGGGUUUCUCCAAAUUUCGUGAUAUUCUUCUUUCAACAUUUUCGGAAUAAAAUGUUUGAAUUUAAACACAGAUCUGACCCAGUAAACUGACGCUACAAUAGUUCACAAAAUAAGUUGACUGGAACCUAUUUUGUUCUCACUUUAGCAUGUGAAUUUUCGUCCCAAGUAAUUAGUCUUUUUAUCAUCACCUAGAAGACCAAAUCAAAAUAAAAGCAAGCCAAAACAACAGAAUUUGAAACUAAACAUGAAGUAACCUCAGCCACUUGUUUUUUACCGUAAACAAUCUCUUAGACGCCCUCUCUCAAAUAAACGCCCCUUCUCUAAUACUUCCCCAUGCGCUGAUAAGUUUGUAUUAGACGCCUUCUCUCAAGUCAACGCCCUUUCUCUAAUACUUCCCCCUGCGCUUAUAAGUUUGUAUUAGACGCCCUCUCUCAAGUAAACGCCGCUUCUCUAAUACUCCCCCAUGCGCUUAUAAGUUUGUAUUAGACGCCCUUUCUCAAAUAAACGCCCUUUCUCUAAUACUUCCCCCUGCGCUUAUGAGUUUGUGUUAGACUCCUCUCUCUAAUAAACGCCCCUCUUGACAAAGACACCAAAAUAGUAGGAAGUAGCGAAAUAUAGCUAAAUCAUUGAAUCUAAUCAGAUUCUUGCUUGAUUAUCAAGAGUUUCGCAUUUCAUUGUCAAAAGUUAGAACAUUUAUUACGUCACCAAAAUUGAGUCACUCCAGAUUAAAAAGGGGAAGAAAACCAAGUCUGAAUACCAGAACAGUGUUAUUAGCAACAAUGAAUAACAAGCGUGGAUCAACGUUGGACCAGGGGCACCAAACGACCGAAUGUUUCUAAAUACGUCAGAAGUGUCGUCUGAAAACUGUUUGGUAAAUUUGAACCUGCAUUAUAAACUGUGUAUCUUUUCGAAUGUCUAAGGGGAACUGUGGUCGUCUCGAAAGUUUUGGGCGACUUUUUCGUCUUAUCCGAAACUGUUUGGUAGCCUGGAGUGUCCAGUCGAAAGUUCGAGCACAUAGAUUAGCCUUACUUUCAUUGGAGAAUUUUCGGUGGAUGCUUUGUCUUUGUACCGAAAUUUUUGGGGAGACCUUUUUUAACAUUGAUCGCCAUAUAUAUCUUUGUAAUUAAAAAUAACACAACCUUCAAAAAUCGUAGGUAGUUUAAGACAAAAACUCCAAAUAUCUUUAUGCAAGUGGAACGGUUUAGCCUUUCUCGAGCUUUAGAAAUUUCUUAGCAAUAUUUCCUCCUUCGAAAGAAGUCAAUGAGUGCCCCUGUUUGGACGACGUUUGCUGUUAAUGUAUGUUUGACGUCAAUCGUAAAUUCUCCGUUCCCCUCCUCCCUCGCGCGGUGUCUCGCGCCCUAAUUCCCUUCCCCUUCCCUUUCGAACGCAGGCUAACUCAAGAGGGAUGCAGUCAUAUGAGCAUCUACUAAAAAGAACAUCCUUAGUGUUUGAAAGGCCGUUUUUUGAAUCUACUACGGUGGCAAACUUCAACUCAGUUGAUAAAACUAAUUUUUAGUGUUAACUCACCCACUGGUACAUUUGGCACCAUCGAAGAGUCACUUUUUUCAUGUCCACAAAUAAUUUUUGUGUUGUUUUUCCUUUUUGUAUUCUUCCAGGUUGGAACAGAGUGAGUUACAAGUGGAUGAAACAAUUUUCAUUCUUUCUCAGUACAUUGCUUCACAUUAGAAGUCUAGUAUUAAAGAAUGAAGGAAAUCUACGGAUACAAAGCAUCAUUUGUAGUUCCUUAUUGUUACUAUUUCGCGGCAAUGAAACUUCGCGAAUGAGAACUAAUGGGUCUUCUUGAAAUGGGGCUGAAGCCAUAUUUCUGCAGUGAUCAUAAAAGCGUCAUAACAGAAAAUAACUCAGAACAUUUGGUGGACUCAAAUGCUGGAGAGAAUAACUGUCAGUUUUUAAACAAUCUGUAUGACAUAGAAGAGAG